AUGACGUUUACUGUUUACAAUCAGCUCAGUCACUCGAAUGACUAUGUAUAUAAGCUCAUUCAGCUUCCGAGUGAGCUUGUUGAAUACAUGAAAAAUGAGCCCGACAAACCGCUUCAAUUUAAAGCUCCUACAAACGUGAAAACCCAGCUCGCUAUUUGCACAGAUACCACCACUUAUAAUGUAAGGCAGAUGAACCAUUCCAACACCCAGCUACUCAUGAAUGACAUGGCUAUUAAUAAAGCUGGGCACACAUUGGCCCAUACCUCCAUGGCCAAUCCAGCGAUGCAGUUGUUGGGGAUUGGUCUGGCCUCAUAUAUUUAUGAAUUAUCUGAAGUUGCCGGGUAUAUCCAGACUGGAGAUCUUCCCGUGUACGAGGGUAUCAGUUCAGAUUUGCUGCAAGCCACCAAAAGUGUAGCCGAUGUUCGUGACGACUCAACUGUUGCCCCCAAGUCGUUUCUUUCGGAAUGGCACGCGCUUGGUGGGAGCACCGUUGAUGGGAAAGCUGUGGUUUUGUCAUCAAAACUCAUUACUGAGGUACUUCACACCAUCAUCUCACUAAUGAUUGCAGAAGACAUUGAGUCUUUCAAGAUCGAGAAAAUGGCUGUAGUGGUGGCCGAACAAAACAAACUAUUCACUAGAGAUAUAGUUGACACGGUAGCUUCCAAAUUCAGCACCACGAAAGAAGACGUGUAUUCUUUGGACACCGAGCGUGUUGCCAAGUGGUUUGGGAUUGAGACGCUUCGAAACCAGAAAACUGCGUUCACGGAAAAAGAGUUGCUACUUGCGUGGAAGGCUAGCUUACCGCCAUUCUACAAUGCAUCGCUAGAUGUCAAACUACUUUAUGGACAUUUCUGUCGCCCCAGCACGGACCAAAUCCGAUACCUUCGUCUGGAGUCUUUGAGCGGAAACUUGCAUACUCGUAUUAAAGAAAUGUUUCAGAUGGUGAAGGAGUGGGAAUACGACGAAUUUUUGCCGUUCGUUCUAAGCUUCGUGCCGGCCAGCAAAAAGGCCGACUCGAUUAUCUUAAAAUAUGCCAGAAAAAAGAGAGUGGGGAGAAAAGUGUUUGUUUGUCCCAGAUGA